GGUGCGGGGAGGGAGGGAGGGCGUCAGUGCAACGGGGUACCGGGCUCUGCCUGAUUUACGGCUCUGCUGAAAACCGCUUCUUCCGAGCCGCAGCCUCAGCCCCGGCCGCCGCCGCAGCAACAAGUCUGGAUUUUUAGAGUAAUGCAACAGAAGGCUUUUGAGGAAAAUAGAUACCCCUGGCAAGAGUCAUUCGAAAAUGUUGCUGUGUGCCUGCCAUUUCGCUGCCCACGGUGUGGAGACCAUACCCGCUUUCGAAGCUUAUCUUCCUUGAGGGCCCAUCUGGAGUUCAACCACAGUUAUGAAGAAAGGAGUCUCAUGACAAAAUGCAGCCUCUUUUCUCCCCUCAAAGACCCAGACCUGAUCACUUCAUCAGAACCCCUGAAAUUAGGGAGCGGCGGCCGAGCGGUCAGACAGAAAUCCAGCUACGUGAACUUGUGUAACCUGUCCCGGGAAAACCUGAAGGAUCGCAAAUCCCUUCAGGUGGUGGCGGAGAGGCCCGUGUCUUUCGUGCCCAUCUACACCUCCAUAGACUCCUUGGGUGGUCCGAGGUCCAGCCCCGGGCUGCCCACCACGGAUGCCAAAGCUUCCUUUGAGGCCCAUGUGAGGGAAAAGUUCAAUCGGAUGGUCGAGGCGGUGGACAAGACCAUCGAGAAGAGGAUCGACAAGCUGACCAAAGAGCUCGCACAAAAGACAGCGGAACUCUUAGAAGUCCGAGCGGCUUUUGUGCAGCUGACUCAGAAAAAGCAGGAAGUUCAGAGGCGAGAGAGGGCCUUGAACCGGCAGGUGGACGUGGCCGUGGAGAUGAUCGCUGUCCUGAGGCAGCGGCUCACGGAAUCUGAAGAGGAGCUUCUCCGCAAAGAAGAAGAAGUUGUCACUUUCAACCAUUUCCUUGAGGCGGCCGCAGAGAAGGAAGUCCAGGGAAAAGCCAGACUCCAGAAUUUCAUUGAGAAUCUGUUACAACGGGUCGACUUAGCUGAGAAGCAAUUAGAGUAUUAUCAAAACCAACAGGUCUCAGGCCACGGCAAGGGUGCCGGUGAGCAUUUGUUUACAGACAUCGCUUCAAAUAGGAAACCGAAAUGCCUGUGUCGAGGGGGCCCUCACCCUGCAUGUCACCAUCCUGACCUCAAGGCCCACUUCCACCCAAAGGGAAGGAAUUCCCUGAAGAAAGCCAAGGACGAACGAGGGAGCAUGCAGUCAGCUAGGUUUGCCCAUGACCUUGCGGAUUCCUCGAGAGAACUCUGGAGACCUUUGAAAAAAGGGGAGCCUCUGGGCCCAGCCAGGAAGGUCAACGUCAAGGCAAAAAUGGUCAAAAAAAAGUCACUGGCCAUUGUGAACAUCAUCUGAAGAGAGUGGGGGUCUCCAAGCUGCCAGUUCUGAGCUUUGGGGAAAGGAAAGCAAUUUGUUCCACUUGGCUGUCCCACAGGACAUUGAUGAUUAACACAUUAACUUUGUGAGAACAGGAAAACCUCAGUUAACUAGCCCUCAAUUAACUAGAGCAUUAAGUUAACCACCUCUGAGGACCGUAUCACCUCAGAGGAAAAAUCACAAUAAACAAAUAAACUUACACUAAUGUCUCAAGCCCCUACUCUCAGUAUAUGCUUGAUGACUCUUAACAAUUCUACCUAAUUCUCACCUCUUCUAAGUAUACAUUGCUAAUCAGCGAUCAUUCAUUUUCUGUACCUAAAGCUACAGAGUGGCCUUAGCCAUCAGGAAUAUUCAACUGUACUUCCUGGCUUACUAAGAUAAAAGUGAAUUUUAUAAAGGUUUUUUUUUCCCCCUCUGAUAACAAAGAUUGGGACAAAAAAAAAGUGAUACUACCUUGUGACUUUACACAAGUCACUUAACCUCCCUGGGCCUCAGUAUCCCCAUCUGUAAAACAUAGGGGCUGGACUAGAUGCCCAUUGAAUUUCCUUCCAACUUGAUCUAUGGUCCUUCCAUCCUAUAGUUUCUACUUGACUCACAGUUGAAAAAUCGAUUUAAAUAAAUCAGUUUAUCAGGAUCCCGAUUUACUCAAGUCUUCUGGUUCAUUGAGGUUUUGCUGUUGUUUAGUACCCUCAAGUGAAAUGUCGGUUAUAGGGUUAUGUUUUUCUGGAUCCCGCUAUUCUGCUAGGGGGCAGCUUAACUUGUUGAUAUAAGCACGGGAUUUGGGGUCUAGAGCCUGGGUUCAAAUCUCACCCUUGCUACUUAUGAGUUGGGUGACUUUGGGCAAGUUGUUUCUCCCUGGAGGUUGGACUCGGGUCCCUUCCAGCUCCUGUGAUCCCCCAUAGAACCUAAUUUGGGUUCACCCCUGUCCUUUUCUACGGCUGUACAUUUUGCAUCCAGACAGCCUGAUGUUGUUUCUUACUAGCCGGCAUGUUCUUACUAGCAUCUCCUUAGUCACCUGUGGUUGUGCUGUCCAUUGGACUCCUCGGCCCCUGGGUCUGUCUGUCUGACUGCACUAACCAGUGGGCAUCUUCUCCAGCAUCGCCAUAGCCUGGGUCUGCAGAUGCUAGAACUAUUAGCACGGCUUUUCCCCCAUGGCACAGGCUCUCUUGGCAGUGCUUGCUCCUUCUCAGCCGUAGUAAAUGGAUGUGAUUUUUUCUCUGAUAUCCUUUCUUCCCAGGCUGCCUUGUUCUUUGUUCCUUAGAGCUUCUCCCCACUCUUAUGAUUAGUACACUCACUAAUCUUGCCUUGAACCUAAUAUUUGAUAUGCUUAAUAUAUUAGCCUGUCUGUUGAAGUAAUCCUGAAGUUAAUGAGGGUAGGCCAGGCCCCCUCCAGUCCCCCAGGAGCCCCCUCGGAGAGUAACUUCUAUUUCUCCUAAGGUGUGUCCAUUGGGAAUCUUCCUUGGGAUCAUCCCUCGCUUCCAGAAACGGGUUUUUACAUCGCCGUUUUUCCCAGUAAGAGUAUCAGACCUCACAAAGAGCUCACAAGUGCUGAUGUCUGGAGUUAUGAACAAGGUCAAUCUUGUCUACAAGACAAAGGUCCAUGUAUAUAUGACUCAAGUACAUGAAUAAUUUAUUUUUAAAUACUCAGGGGGAGGGGGGAUGAAGGGGAAGAUCUGUGUCUUUGUGUGUGGGGGGAGGUGAUUUUUAAGUGACUUAUAUAAUUACAAUGAUAAUCUAACUAAGUGAACGUUAGUCAGAGUCUUUUGCUCUGGUCAUUACUGCCAUAAGCACCAGACUAGUCAGGAGUUGAGAAUGGGCAUUGAGGGUUUAAUAAUUGGAAAUGAGAUAUAUAACUAGUUGGUAUACAUAACACAUCACAGUAUUCAAACUUGUCAUAGUGAAAAGUUUCCAUCCCUCGACCUUUGAGGUCAGGGAGAUGGGUAUUCAUGUCGUGUCUGUGAAGGAGUCCUGUGGAUAAAGUGCCCAUGAGUGUCACUGUUUAGGUUGAAAGUCACAUUGUAAAAAAAAAAUUGGUAAAGUAACAUAGAUAUUUAUUUGGGGUCCUGUUGUACCCCAGACACUAUUUAUUCUUACUGUUCAUAACCUAAUUGCACUUUAGAAUUUCUGUACUGAUUCACUGAGUUCUCAACUAUAUUGCAUGCCCUCCUUUCUGUCAGGUAAUGUGUGUAUGAUGUGAUGACAGCAUAAUGAAUGCUUUGCUGCAGAGUGAGUGGCCAGAAACUCUUAUCUCGCUGUGUCCCUUUGAGUUACGGCAACCAACAUCUUCAGUUUUCAUUCAGCAAGCCCUCCCUAUCUGGGUGAAAACAGUGGCCCCCCAAAGUACCGCCGUGGCACUCGAGUAUCAUUCAGGUGUAGAGAGAAGUGAGCAACUCCUUGCCUGCCAGAGCAAUAUACAAGCAGUGCUUGUGCUGCUGACAGUUGUGCUUACUAAAGGCAGGGAGGUGCCUUUUUUGUUCUUGUCUCCCGAGUUUUUUGCAUCACAGUCAGAGAGCAUUAUUGGAGUAGAGGGAGGCAUUAUUGGCUCAGCCCCCAUACCUAUCCCGUGGGGCUUUGUAGACAAGGAUCCCUAAAAUGGAUUUGGAGGGAUUUACACUAACCAUCAGGGUCUUAAUGAAAGUUAAGGGAAUUUUCCAAAUCUAAGUCUGAUCUUAAGGUGGGACCAGGGAACUGAAUUUAGCAUCAGGAGAAAUGUAGUCAAAAGAGAAGAUUUAAUUUUAGCUUAUGGGCUUCUGCUAAUUUUCUGGUUUGAAGGGGUGUUCAUAACCUAAUACUAACCAUUAAAUGAUCUUUAGACUAUCCUUGCCAUGAAAAAGCUUAUCAUCCCCCCAAAUCCCAGAAGGCAACCAGAAAAAAAGAUUAAGUCUUCACUUUUGAUUGGUUCUCUCUUGGUGCUGACUCAAAGACCUUGGUCUCAGUCAACCCUCUGACAUGGAAUUAGAAAGUCAGAAGCUUCCCUUAAUCCCUGAUUGUGAAUCUUUGUGCCUAAAACCCAUUUCAUGAACUCUAUCCAACACUUCAGCUCUCAUAAUUAACACUAAUUGAUAGGUGAAUGAACUUAAAAAAGCAGGGCAGAGGGACCAAGUGAAGCCUUUGCUCUUCACUCUUGCCUGGCUUUUUUAUAUGAUUGGAUCGGGGACAAAUCACAAGGUUAGCACAUUCUAGUCAGCCUGAGAGUGCUCAUCUCUCUACAUUUAUUAGACAAUGGAAACAAAACUGAACUUGGCGUGUUCCGUACCUCUCAUUGAUGUAUCUUCUAUACAUUCAGUAGGAACUUUAAAAAGAAUAAGAAAUUACAGGUAAAUUCUAAGCCCGCUAAAAGGGCCGACGUCAUGCGUGUGGGGAGCCGUGUGUCUAUUCCUGCUUUAUUUAGCCAAGGAAGACAAGCUGAGAUGUGGAGUCUGGCUUGCUCCUAUGGGGUCACUCUAUGGGCUGUGCCCUGGGUAACUGGCCCCAGUUUGUACAUAUUAAGGGAGAUAUUUGCAGCUAAAGUUGAUACUUUUUUUGUAGGUGGCACCAAAGGUACACGGCGGAAAAUGUUCAGUGUUGAACAAAUCAAUCUAUUUUUUAUUAUUUGGUUCAGACUCGAACUUUUUUUCUUUUCUUUUUAAACUGGAUUACAAAGUCUUAAUGCUUAACAAAAGUCUUAAGUUCAGGUUACUUAAAGAUACUGUUUUGCAACCUACUGCAGGGCCAGUCCGUUGUAGAGAAGUUGGAAUAUACUGUUAUCAGAGUUUUAAAAGAAAAUGUUUUUAGACUAUGAGAAAUUCUAAUAAUAAAGCUAUAUUUCUGAGUAA